AUGAAAUAAUAGCACAUUUCACUCCCCAAUUUAUCAAAGUUACAAAAUCUUCCUUCAAGCGAUAGAAGUCCUAUAACUGUAAAUACUCCUUCAAGAAAAGCAAGUGAAGUGCUGGUUAAAUUUAACUUCCAUCUUAAUCCUUCUUUGCACAAAAAAAAAUAAAUAAAAAAUACCACUAAUAAUGAAUUUCAAACAAAAAAAAUAAGCAAGGUUACACGAAAUAUCAUGGAACUUAGGAGGAGGAAAAAAAUGAAAUGUGAUUCGCUCUAAAUCAAACCUAGAAUUCAAGCAUGUAAGACAAAUAAAGGAGGAACAAUUUCAGUACUGAAAAAUAAUGAAUAAUGCAGAUCCUAUUUACAUAAAAAAUAUAAAGAUUAAAUUUAUACUGGAGCCUCUGAAUUUAGUGAUAAGAGUAAAGAUAAAUUUAGAUUACAGAUGGUCAAAUGGCUAAUAGAUAAUAAAAAGGAUGUUGUUAGCGCUUUGAAUGAAAAUAAACAAAAUAUUUUAGAAUGGGUUCAAUGUGUUGAAAAAGUAGACAGAGAUGAAUUUGAUAUCAUACUUCAUGGAAUCUAGUUGUACAAGGAUCCAAAUCUAAUAAAUCGUUUAUUUUGGGUAUUUGAUUUAAAUGAUGAUGGAUACAUUGAAUUUAAUGAAAUACAAUAUUCAAUAAAUUUAUUUAGAGAAUACGAUUAAUAGGACAAGAUUCAGAUAUUUUUUGAGCUUUGUGAUGAAAAUGAUGAUGGUUAUAUAAAUGAGGAAGACAUCAAAAAAUUUUUCUCCAAGAAUCUUACCAAUUAAGAAGAGCUAAGAUAAAUGAAAUUUUUGAUGAAAGAUUUCUAUCAAGAACUAAAUCCUUAUAAUUUUAAAGGAUUAAAUGCUGAAGAUUUAUAUAAAGCUACUUUAAGUGAUCAAAAUAUAAGGAUAAUAGUUGAAAAAAAUACUUUGAUUCUUAAAUCAAAUAAUAAAAAAGAAGAUGAUAUAGGGUCAAGCCUUAAUAAUCUUAUUUAUUCUGGAUAAUAGUAAUUGAAGGAAAAUAAGGCAUAUUCUUCCCUUAGAUUGAGGGUUUAAUUGAUGCCUUAAUUGAGAAGGACAGAAUUAUGA